AUGGCUGAGAAUGAUACUGCCAGCGCCAACAAGGCUUACUUCAAUAAGCUGGCUGCCGAGUACGACACGAAGUACGAAAAGACUAUUCUGCAGCUUGAAAAGGAGAUUCGCAAGCGCAAGGACUUCAUCGGCGCAGAUUGGGUGAUUGACGACGACGAUGAUGACAGCGAGAGCGAGAGCGCAGCACAGUCGACGGCGGCGAAUGGUCGGUCGGUGAGACUUCUUGAUUACGCUUGUGGAACGGGCUUGAUAUCGAGGGCCCUCGCGCAGUUCACGACGCAUUGCGUCGGCAUAGACAUUUCGGAAAACAUGGUGGCGGCCUACAACGCCCGGGCCGAGAACCAGGGCCUCACCACCGACGAAAUGCACGCCUACCAAGGCAACCUCACGGACCCCUCCGAUCCGGCCCCCGCGGCGUUCGCUUCCGACGACGGCCGCUUCCGCGACUUUGACGUUGCCGGUGUCGGUCUCGGGUUCCACCACUUUGAGGACCCGGAGCUCUCGGCCCGCCGGCUGGUGGAGAGGCUGAGGCCGGGCGGGGUUUUCAUCAUUCUCGAUUUCCUGCCGCACGAGAAGAUGGAUCACGCGUUGCCUGCUGCGCAUACGGUUAUGCAUCACGGGUUUUCGGAGGAGAGGAUGAGGAGUGUCUUUGAGCAGGCUGGUGCGGGCAGGGAUUUCGGGAUGGAGGAGCUUGGGAGUGGUGUUGUUUUUGGGGGGCAUGGGCAUGGACAUGGAGACGGCCAUGGACACGGGCAUGAGGGGCGUGAUCAUGGCCAUGGCUCGGGACAGGGGAUGAAGAGGCGGGUGUUCUUGGCGCGGGGAACAAAGGCGUAG